AUGAUAAGAACAUUUUUAAACGCCAGAAUUAUUUCAAAGUCAUUAUUUUCAAAUAGAGUUUAUAUGAAUUAUUCGAGAGUGCGUCAUAUAACAAGCAUUAAAAGCCGGUUUUAUUCCUCUGAAAUUAUUCAUAAUAAAGAAGAAAGUAAUGUACGAGAAUUAAUCGCUGCUCAAGAUUCAGACGCAUUUGGAACACUUAGCAUUGAUGUAGCUCCACCAGAUGAUGAACUGAUAGAUGAAGGAGAUAUCAAAGAGGAAGAAUAUUUAAAAAAUCCCCCGAGUUUGUCUCAAAAACUCAGUACUAAGCAAUAUGCUGAUAUGAUCAAAAGUCAUUUAAAAUACAACAGAAUUAAAGAAGCAGUUGAUGUAUUAGAAGUCCGCAUGCUUAAAGAAGAUCGUGUUAAACCAGAAAAUUACAUUUACAAUUUACUUAUCGAUGGAUGUGCUAAAGUUGGCUACUCAAAGAAAGCUUUCAAUCUUUUCUUAAGAAUGCGUCAACGUGGAUUAAAAGUAACUGGAGCCACUUAUACGUCACUUUUCAAUGCAUGUGCGAUGACACCUUGGAAAGAAGUUGGACUGGAAAAAGCCAAAGGAUUAAGAGAAAUUAUGUUUGAAAAAGGCUUUGAACCAAAUGUUUCUAAUUAUAAUGCAAUGAUCAAAGCAUUUGGAAGAUGCCAAGACCUUCCUACAGCAUUUUCUAUUGUUGAUGAGAUGACUGAAAAGAAAAUGAGAAUUGAUGUCGAUACAUUCAACUUUUUACUUCAAGCUUGUGCUUCAGAUGCAGAAUAUGGAUUCAGACAUGCACUUCUUGUUUGGCACAAAAUGUUAAGAAGAAAAUUGAAUCCAGACAUUUACACUUUCAAUUUAAUAUUACGUUGUUGUCGUGACACAUUAUUCGGUGACGUUGAGUCAAUGGAAGAAGUUUUACAAACAAUAUUGUUAAACGACUCAAGUGAAGAAUCAAAACAUUUGAAAUUGGAAGCAAAUUAUUCCUCGAAUCAGCUCGAAGUUGAAAAUAAGUCGGAAAAUUCUCAGUCAACUUUCGACCCAAUUCCAAACCUUCUCGCACCAAAGCCACAUUUGGGUAACUUAGUAAGUCUCAAAAAUGUCACAAAACCUGAAGACAAAUUUCUACUUCUUGGAGGGUUCUCAGGGUUCAUAGAAACCAUGAAAUAUUACAAUGUGAAGCCAACAUUAAUAACUUACACACAACUUGUUGAAGUUAUUCCAUCUACAACUGCAGCUGAAAAGCGGGUAAUGGCGCAUAUAAAGAAAUAUGAGACAAAAUGUGAUGUUGACUUCUUCAACAUAUUGAUGAAGAAACGGUCGGUGAGGGGCGACUAUCAAGGCGCUAAAGAAGUUUUCGAGAUGAUAGAAAAAGUCAAGUUGAAACCUGAUAUCGCAACUUAUGGAGUUUUAGCUCUUGGUUGCCAAUCUCGUGAAGAAGCAAACAUUUUGAUUCAAGAAAUGGAUGCUAAUGGAUAUAAGAUGAACAUUCAAAUUCUUGGCGCUAUGCUAAAAACUGCUUGCAUAAAGAAAAACUUUGAUUACGUUAUCGACGUUCUUGACAUCAUUAAAGAUUUAAACUUAAAACCAUCAGAAAGAAUUAUCGAUUGUCUGGAUGCACUUAUAAAAGUCUGCAACAAAUUUAGAAAGAAGGAUUGGACAGUGGCAUCUAAAGAAUUCAGAAAGGACUUUGGAACUUUCAAGCAAAAACUUGAAAAAUGGAAAGUUGAUGUUGGCUUAAGAGAUUUGGAACUUUCUGAAGCUAAAAAGAUAUUAAAAGAUGCUCCGUGGGAACAAUUUCAAUCAGUUCAAGCUGAUGGCUUUGAAGAUGUUAAAUCUUUGAAGCAGCAAAAAAUGCAGAAAUAUAAAAGAUUUAUUGGAAAAAUUAAAAACUUAAAAGUUGAAGAGUAG